AUGUGGAUUUCCAAGAUAAACAUUAAAUAUCGAACGAAACAGAGAGUUCGGACCUCCGUGAUACUUGCAUGUGCUGCAUCUGUGCUCUUGUUCCUUGUGAUACGAUCGUUUUUCCUGGAAAACACCGAAAAGGUAGCCGGGAGCAAUGCAAUUGUUGUGAACGACGACAUGACCAAGACGUUGUCAUCCAAAAAAACUGCCAAGGAGCUGCUGGCACAAAGAAAGAAAACCCACGAGAGCGUCUACGAUAACCUGAGCAUCGAGGACCGCGAGAAAAUGCGUAUCAUCAACCAGCCAUCUCCCGAUGACCCAAGAGGACUCAGACUAGAACUCGGCCACACGUUCUUCAAGUCAGUGUUUAACGUGCUGGAGAAAGGCAAGCCCAAGGUAUCACCUCUGACGAAGUACAAGUCCACGGAAAGAAUAUAUCACGCAGGCUACGAAGUGAUGGGCGAUGGCCCGUCGUUGUCAAAAGAAUAUCUUUCCGGGUUCUUGCAGCUCAGUCAAAGUGAGAUAAACUCAAUGAAGAAAAGUCAUUCAUUUGUCACCCGAAAUCUUCCCGAGACAUAUCCUAUUGGCCUUUACUCCGGAAAUGGUGUGGUGUACGUCGGAGGAGGAAAGUUCAAUUGGCUGGCAUUGCUUUCAAUCAAAACCCUCAGGUCUGUCGGGUCCAAGCUACCUGUCGAAGUUUUGAUUCCGAAGCUUGACGAGUAUGAAGUUGAUUUGUGUACCACGAUUUUCCCAGCCUUGGAUGCCAAAUGUAUAUACAUGCCAAAGCAGCUGGGAGAGCAAAUCAGCGGAAGAUUCUCGUUUUUCGGAUACCAAUACAAGGCUCUCGCACUAAUGCUAUCGAGCUUUGAAAAUGUGCUCCUGCUAGACGCAGAUAACACACCGUUGCAUGCGCCGGACCACUUGUUCGAGACAGAGCCCUUCAGCAGCACGGGUAUGGUCAUCUGGCCGGAUUAUUGGAAACGGUCCACUGCUCCUGCAUUCUAUGACAUUGUCAAUAUAGAAAUCGACGAGAGUCACCGCGUCAGCCAUGGAUUCCAAGAAUAUGGAAAAUACACCAUUCCCAAUUCUCCGCCAGACCAGGCUCCUCCAUUGCACCAACUCAAGGGAGCCAUCCCGGAUCCUUCGAGCGAGUCCGGCCAACUGAUGCUUUCCAAAAAGACACAUUCGAAAGUCAUGCUUCUUGCACUGUACUACAACAUGUAUGGUCCAAACCAUUAUUAUCCUCUUCUUUCGCAAGGAUCAGAUGGCGAGGGAGACAAGGAGACAUUCAUUGCUGCUGCCCAUGUGCUGAAAAAGUCAUUUUACCAGGUCAAGAAAAUUAUCAAGAGUAUUGGAAGAUGGGUCGAUUACGAAUUUACAGGAAGUGCGAUGGGUCAGUUUAAUUGUCACGAAGAUUACGAACUGUACAAAAAGUACGAGAAUACCUUCGAGCAUGUGGACGAAGUUCCGAAGCUGCUUUUCCUGCACUCCAACUUCCCCAAGCUCGAUCCGUGGUCCCUCAAAGUGGACGAGGUCAUCUACGACCCAAAAACAGGUAAGCGCGAGCGACUCUAUGGAACAGGGUAUCUGGAAGCACUGGGUUUUGAUUUUGAACGGGUGCAGUGGGAGAACAUGAAGUUCUACAUCUGUGACCUUAAUUUGCAUCCAAAGCUUUUUUCUGACCGCGAUAUAGAUCAUGAUGAGCUUUGCGCUGAAAUCAAAGAGCAUCUGGAAUUUUUGAAAAGCACCACAAAUUAA